GCGCGCUGAACGGAUUUGACCGAGCUAAUGAGCUAAUUUGCUACAGCUAGUUUUGUUUAUCUUCGUCAAUGAAGAACAACAAACUCCUUUAGUCAGUCGAGGCAGAAUGAGACAUGGAUUCAGAUGCAGGGCAGGAAGACUCCAAGGCCGGUACUGUCGCUGAAACCUCGUUGAAGUUUACACCACAGAGGGGAGGCGCGGUGUUGUUAGCUUCAAGAAAAAGAACGCCAUAUUCGGGAUCAAAGAAAGUGAAUUCCAGUUUUAAGUCUCCAGUUCAGGCUUCCAACGCAGCAAGUUCUGGGAUCUGUAUUGAGGAGGAGAUCAAAGAACUGCAGAUGAAACUAGCCGAGCUGGAUUCACAGAUUGCGCUGUUAGAAAAUGAAGGCAUCAAAGUGGAGGAGAUAGAUCAGCACAUUGAUCUGCUGCAUGAAUACAAUGACAUCAAGGACAUUGGACAGAUACUUCUAGGCAGACUGGCCAUCCUGCGUGGAGUGACCACACGUGACUUGUACAGCCUAUUCGACAUGGAGCUGGACGACUGAUUGGCCAGAGUAGAGGCUGUGGGCGAGUGAGGAUGGUGUUACCAGUCACCUCUCUGGAAGAUAAGCUGGGGUACAGGUGAUACAUAUAACAGCAGGAUCUGCCUAGCACACUGUAAAAUGAUUUGGUGUUGAGCUGAAGUGUGCAAAUUUGACUGCAUUAAUGUGUGGGUUUUGUUGAACUCUGGAAUGCAUUAACAGAAAGUAAGGCACAGAUUUUUGUUCUUUUAAAGGGGAAUUCUGUCAAUUUGUCAAUUUCUGCAUAAUGCAGUUGUUUUCAUUGUAAGGAAACAUCCUGGCUCUGAUUUCUUGACAGUGGUGGUGAUGGGAACCAGGAGGCACAAUGUCUACAGCUCAGUUAUUACCAUUUAAUUUAUUCUCUGAAAUGACCAGUGAACCAUUUCAUGUGACUUUUUUUGAGGGAGCAAAAAGACUCUUCAGACAUCUGGUUCCUAUCACUGCAUGCUGUGAACAAUUCUAAAUCUUAGAACAUUUACAACAGGAGCAUUUAACAUUAAACACUCUGAAUGAAAUUAGUCUUAAAUCUUAAGGAUU